AUGCCUACCCGAAAGCCCAGUAAGUAUGGGAACAAUAAGUUUCGAUCAGGCGCAGCUUCCUCCAAUCCCAGACGGACCAAGACUGUCGAAUUCGGAGCCCUACGAUCUACCGAAGCAACUUCACAAGAUGAGAAAUUCGAGGCCAUCCGUUUGGCCAACAGCAUCGAUGAAACCCUCGGCUUCCCACGAUUCGAAUCCGGCGAGACAAGAGCAGGAUGGCUCAUAAACAUGCACAGCACGACGAUAGAGGAUUCAAAUGUGAAGGGAGGUCGUGCUGGUGUCGAUUAUUACUUUCUUCAGGAUGAUGGGGGUAGUUUCAAGGCCACCGUGGAAUAUGAUCCGUACUUCCUUCUUGCUGUCAAGAAAGGCUUUGAGAUGGAAGUCGAGGAGUGGUGCCGGAGAUCUUUUGAGGGAUUGAUCAAGAGCUUCAAGCGCAUCGACAAGGAGGAUCUGAACCUCCCCAAUCACCUUCUCGGCCACCGAAGGACUUUCCUCCGAUUGAACUUUGCUAAUGUCGGCAACCUACUGGAGGUUCGGAGAGCAAUUCUUCCACUAGCGGAGAAGAACAAGAAGAACUCCACAAUGAUGGACGCAUAUGUCGAGAUGUCCAGUGCGGCUACAGGCUUCGACCUUUUUGACGACGAAAUACUUAAUGAGCAACGACCUAACGGCAACAUACAAGCGAGUGAUUUUAUAGUUGAUAUUAGAGAAUACGAUGUUCCGUACCACGUUCGAGUGUCAAUCGACAAGGACAUUCGAAUUGGAAAGUGGUAUAAUGUUGAAGCAAAGCACGGUAACGACUUCAGCGUGCAGAUCCUGUUGUCCUUGCCUUCGAUAUCGAAACCACCAAGCUCCCCCCUCAAAUUCCCCGACGCCGUCAUCGAUCAGAUCAUGAUGAUUUCAUACAUGAUUGACGGGCAGGGGUUCCUCAUCACAAACCGAGAAAUCGUCUCCGAGGACAUCAAUGAUUUCGAGUACACGCCGAAGCCAGAAUACAGUGGUCCCUUCAUCAUCUUCAACGAGCCAAAUGAGAGAGGGGUACUGGAGCGUUUCUUUGAGCAUAUCAAGAUCGCCAAACCCACUGUCAUUGCCACAUACAACGGUGACUUCUUCGAUUGGCCGUUCGUCGAAGCGAGAUCUAGCGUCAAUGGAAUCGAUAUGUACAUGGAGAUUGGGUUCAGGAAGAACAGCGAAGACAUCUACCAGGCUGACAACUGUGUUCAUAUGGAUUGUUUCGCAUGGGUCAAUCGUGACAGUUAUCUUCCUCAAGGAAGCCGUGGCUUGAAGGCCGUGACAGUCGCGAAACUUGGAUACGAUCCAGACGAACUCGAUCCAGAACUCAUGACCCCCUAUGCAAGCGAGCGGCCCCAAACUCUUGCCGAAUAUUCCGUUUCCGAUGCUGUUGCGACAUACUACCUGUACAUGAAAUACGUGCAUCCUUUCAUUUUCUCCCUGUGUACUGUCAUUCCUCUUAAUCCUGAUGACACUCUACGCAAGGGAACUGGAACUUUGUGUGAGAUGCUGCUCAUGGUACAAGCCUACCAGAACGAAAUCGUUCUUCCCAACAAGCACAAAGAUCCCCAUGAGUCUUUCUACGAAGGUCACUUGCUCGAGUCACAAACUUAUGUGGGUGGACAUGUCGAAAGUAUCGAGGCCGGCGUUUUUCGAAGUGAUAUUCCCGUUGCUUUCAAUGUCGAUCCAGUAGCCAUUGAUGAGCUUCUGAAUGAUCUUGACCAUGCCCUCAAGUUCAGCAUUGAAGUGGAAGAAAAGAAGUCCAUGGAAGAUGUUGCAAAUUUCGAUGAAGUCAAGGCUCAGAUCGCAGAGAAACUUCUCGAACUGAGGAACAACCCCGUUCGAAACGAAGUGCCUUUCAUUUAUCAUUUGGAUGUCGCUUCCAUGUAUCCAAACAUCAUGAUUACCAAUCGUUUGCAACCGGAUUCCAUGAUCGACGACUCAAACUGUGCGGCUUGCGAUUUCAAUCGCCCUGGAAAAACUUGCGAUCGACGAAUGCCGUGGGCCUGGCGCGGCGAAUUCUUGCCAGCCAAACGGGACGAGUACAACAUGAUCAAGCGUGCGAUAGGGAACGAAAGGUUCCCCAGUCGAAACAAGAACGGGCUGAUGCGGUCCUUCGCCGAACUCAGCAUUGAGGAACAGGCGGGCAUCGUGAAGAAACGACUACAAGACUACAGCAAGAAGAUCUACCACAAGAUCCACGACAGCAAGACCAUGGUUCGAGAGGCUAUCAUUUGCCAGCGAGAAAAUCCCUUCUACGUCGAUACGGUGCGCAGCUUCCGUGAUCGACGUUAUGAUUUCAAAGGCCAACAGAAGGUCUGGAAGAACAAAACCGACUCUUUGGUAUCUUCCGGUGCCUCUGCGGCUGAGAUCGACGAGGCUAAGAAGAUGAUUAUUUUGUUUGACUCCCUACAACUCGCCCAUAAGGUUAUUCUGAACAGUUUUUAUGGUUAUGUCAUGCGAAAGGGUUCUCGAUGGUACUCCAUGGAAAUGGCCGGUGUUACUUGCCUGACGGGCGCCCAUAUUAUUCAGAUGGCACGGGAGCUCGUUGAGCGCAUAGGCCGACCCUUGGAAUUGGAUACAGAUGGUAUUUGGUGCAUGCUUCCAGGAAGCUUUCCCGAAAAUUUUUCUUUCACGCUCAAAAAUGGGAAGAAGCUCGGUAUUUCGUACCCAUGUGUCAUGCUGAACCACCUUGUUCACGCAAAAUACACCAAUCACCAGUACCAGGCUCUUGUUGACACAUCCACCCACAAAUAUGAAACCUACAGCGAGAACUCUAUCUUCUUCGAAGUCGACGGACCCUACAGGGCCAUGAUUCUGCCAACUUCAAAGGAGGAGGAUAAGAACUUGAAGAAGCGAUACGCCGUUUUCAACCACGACGGUUCCCUAGCUGAAUUGAAAGGUUUCGAGGUCAAGCGGAGAGGAGAGUUGAAAUUGAUCAAGAUUUUCCAAACCCAGAUCUUCAAGUUCUUUCUGGAGGGAAGCAACCUUGCGGAGACUUAUGCUGCAGUUUCUCGGGUCGCCGAUCGGUGGUUGGACGUGCUUUAUGAGCAUGGUGCGACAUUGGCUGAUGAAGAAUUAAUUGACCUUAUUUCGGAAAACCGAAGCAUGACGAAACCCCUGGAAGAGUACGGCAAUCAGAAGUCCACAUCCAUUACGACAGCCAAACGCUUAGCAGAAUUCCUGGGAGAACAGAUGGUGAAGGAUAAGGGUCUGAACUGCAAGUACAUUAUCUCUGCAAGGCCAAGAAACACGCCUGUCACGGAAAGAGCCAUUCCAGUCACCAUCUUCUCAGCGGAGGAGAACGUCAAACGAUUCUUCCUGCGAAAAUGGCUCAAGGAUGACCCUGGCGACAUGGAUCCUCGGAAUAUCAUCGACUGGAACUACUACAUUGAGCGUCUGGGCUCGGUGGUGCAAAAGCUUAUCACAAUUCCGGCCGCUCUUCAAAAGCUACGCAAUCCUGUGCCUCGUGUUGCCCAUCCCGAUUGGUUGCAACGCCGAAUCAACAUCAAGGAUGAUAAAUUCAAGCAAAAGAAGAUGACCGACCUAUUUGUUAAGUCUGAUAAAGACCCACUUUCAAGCAUAUCUACCAAUAUCUUGGACCAUCGAGUUCAACAUGUCGGGGACAUGGAUGAAGCUAUCGCACAGUCAACCCAGAAGCUUAUAGCAUCCCCCGAGGCAAAAGUAUCCCAGAAAAGAAAACACCCCGAAGGGAUUCCUAAAACAUCCCUUGACCCUUUCGCCAGCCUUCCAGCCGCCAUGCCUUCUAUAUCGGACGACUAUGAAGGGUUCCUAAAAUACCAGAAACAAAAGUGGAAGAUCCAGAAACAAGCCCGUAUUCGCCGUCGCCAGCUUUUCGGUGAGCGGCCCAGUGCUGCCUCCGACUCAUUGAGCAACUUCUUCCGAAAUCAGGCCCAGAUGCUAUACAUCAGUACUUGGCAGGUCCUUCAGCUCUGCGAGACUGGCCGGCCGGGAAUUGUUCGGGCCUUCGUACUCAUUGAUCAGAAAAUACAAGCACUUAACGUGAAGGUUCCUCGGCAAUUCUUUGUGAAUCUGAAACGUGAAUCCCUUCCUGAUAUUGAGGUUCCCGACUGUGAAGUUGAAAAGGUCAACCACACUUUACCGAACGGCCAUCCCUCGGUCCAUCUGUUUAAGUUGUCUCUAUCUGAGGAUGUUUUCCUAGAAGAGGCAGACAAAAUGGACGCUUUGUUCCAGCAUCCCAGCAUCGAGGGCGUCUACGAGCGAAAUAUCCCUGCCAGUAUUCGAGCAGUGCUCAAAUUGGGAAGUCACUGCACCUUCGAUGAAGAGCAGCGUGGUGUUCUGGGCGAUGGUCUGGACCGUGGCUUUGAUCUCUCCAACCUGCUUCAUGCUUCUUCCGAUCAGCCUUACUUGCUGAACUCACCCUUGGCAUACCAUUACCUGUACCACGUUGCCUCUGGAGAUAGACAGGUCUUUGCCCUCUUUUCAACAACCAAGAAGGAGGCACAUAUCAUCAUUUUAAAUCGCACCAGGGAUGUUCAAGGCCUUCCAAACGUUGAUAAAAUAUACUCGGAACUGCUCACUCGGAAGAUGCAGGACGCCACCGGGGAUCAGUCAUUGAAUGCUUUCGAGUAUCAGGACAAGAUUCAUUUCAAGACGACUCAAGUGAUGACCAGGAGGAAGGCAUAUCUGGAAGUUGGAGAUUUGGUCAAGAAGCUUCGAGCCGACGAGAGCCAGCCAGCUGUUUUGGUCAUUCAGUCCCAGCAGAGGGAUCGGCUGUGUCAUGACAUUCCUAUUCUAAAGGAAUACCCUGUCCUUUCUGUGAAGCCCGAAAUCUCAGACAUGAAUCUGCCCCCCCCUUGGAUGGCAGUCAUUCAUCGCCAGGCGCCUCGUCACACACUACCUAUACUUGUCUGCCAUCUAACCAUGCUUGCCCGGUAUGGCGAUGUACCUCUCUGCAACCUCGAGACAGACGAUCCUCGAUACUUGAUCGAUAUCUCAUAUGCCCGACGACUUCAAAAAAGCAACGUUGUUCUCUGGUGGUCUCAUGGGCCGCGACCAGACCAUGCUGGGUAUGAAAAGGACGAUGUCAUGGGAUCACUAGAGAAAGUCAAUAUGCCAUCUGCGAACGCACCAAGUGCGUACACCACGGUUUGCAUCGAGUUGGACAUUCGCAACCUUGCCAUUAACACAAUUCUCACUUCCUCAAUUCCUCUUGGCUCCCUCCGGGGGGCUGCAGAUGACUCAGGGGUGCUUUACUCUGAAAAAGCUUUUGCAUCUGCUGGUGCCGUUGUGUUGCGAGAAAUGGUCAAACACUGGUGGACGGAGGCGUGUGCCGGUAAUAGCAUGGCCGACAUCAUGGUUCAACACUUGAUCCGAUGGGUGGAGAGCCCAGUGUCGUGUCUCUAUGACCGUUCCUUGCACAACUAUGUCCGCUUGCUUUCUCGAAAAUCUUUCCAGAGGCUGAUGGCCGAGUUUAGACGAGUUGGCUCGAACGUCAUUUUCGCCAGCCCUACUCGUCUUCUCCUCCAAACGACCAAGACUGAGGUCGGUAACGCCUACGCCUAUAGUCAAUAUGUCUUGAAGUCUAUCCGAGGAAAUCCUUCAUUUCACUUCAUCGAUCUUGAAAUCAAGGAAUACUGGGAUUACCUAGUCUGGUAUGAUGAGUAUAACUAUGGUGGGAAAGGGUGCCGGGAGGUGGUCGAAGCCGAACACCAAGAGCUUGAGACUGUCAUGCAUUGGCAACUCAGUCGGUUCUUACCAACACCCAUGCAGACUAUUUUCCAUGAUUGGGUUGUUGAGUAUAUCGAGCUGAUGCACACGUUGAAGCGACCUGACCUUCAGGAUGCCGAGAUAUCUUCCACUCCUCGCUUGACGCAGAUCCCCAUUACCCAGCCUAUGGAUAAGGAUAGCGAGGAGCUCUCUGCUGUUCUGGCAGAUCGGUUCUCCAAGCCUCUGAAGAAACAAAUAACUGGUCUCAUUCGCCGCCAGCGCGACGAGAUGCUUCACCCCGAACUUGCGUCCGAUUAUGCUUUCCCUGUUCUUCCUGGUGUUCUGGACGAUCCCAAGGGUCACAAGCGCAACCCGGCGUUGGAAUUGGUGAAACUACUCAUGCAAGUCCUGAGUCUAUCCAAGACAACAACACUCGAGUCCCGCCUGCUACGCCGCGAACUGCUUGCUCUCUUCGAAGUCCGUGAGUUCAGUAAGGAGGGUCGCUUCGAAAACCCUAGUGCCAACCUGAAACUCCAAGAGCUCACAUGUAACGCGUGCUGUCUCAUCCGCGAUCUCGAUCUCUGCCGUGACGAGGACGUGCUCCCAGAUCCUGGGUCGGACGCAAAGACGCCAAAGCCGUGGCGUUGUCCAUUCUGUCAAACUGAAUACGAUCGACUGGCACAAGAGGAGGUGCUGAUUGGUCAGGUGCAAGGUCUCAUUGUCGAGUGGCAGACACAGGAUCUUAAGUGUUCCAAGUGCAAGAGUCUCAAAAUGAGUGAGUUCUCCGAGCACUGUUCUUGCAGUGGAACGUGGGCCACGACGGUCGAUCGGAAAGAGAUGGAGAAGAAAUUACGAGUGUUGCAGAGUGCGGCCAAGUUCCACAGCCUGCAACUGCUGGAUAAUGUUGUUGAGGGUGUUCUUGCUCAAAUGUAG